UCUCUUAUUGAACUAUAUGUGAGUACUAAUCAGGAGGAAGGGAGGGAGGAAAUUGUUGGAUACCUUAGUACAAUUUUAGUCCCUUUCUCUUCCUCUCAAAGCCCCAAUUGCAACCAUCUCACUAUAAAUAUGCCCCCCACCCAAAACAUACACUUCAUUCCAUCUCCAAUUCGAUUCAAUUGAGCUCAUCACAUGAUGUGUCGGAGCAAACCCACCUCGCUCCUUCUGCCACUCGUAUUCAUAUCCGCAUUCUGCACCCACUUCUCUACCCGCGUCUCCGCCACCCCAUGUCCCACCGAGCGCUACCGUUUCGCCCCGCGGGCCCCGCGCGCUGCUGAGCCACAAGAGUUCUUGGACCCCACGAGACCCGACUUCCUCCUCCCGCAGCGGCCUCCCUCGUGCUCGCUCCCCCUCCUCCGCCACGACUUCGGCGAUACCUACGGCCGCCCGCCCGCGACCGCCGCGUACGCGCCGCCGCCGGGGUGCCCCGCCCCAUGGGCCCGCGUCGUGCUCGACCUCUCCGUCGCGUGCGCCGGCGAGCAGUACGACCGGAUUGCCGCCGUGUGGCUCGACGGCGCCGAGCUGCUCCGGACCAGCACCGCCGAACCGUCCGAGUCCGGCGUGUUCUGGCGGGUCCGCAAGGACAUCACCCGCUACGCCGCCCUGCUUCGCCGCGAGGAGGGCGGCGUGGCCUCGAUGAUGCUGGAGAACAUCGUCAACGACGUCUUCACCGGAGUGUAUCACGUGAAUGUCUCCUUGGAUUUCUACAUGAAGGAGGAGCAGCCAACGCCAGGAUUGGAGUCGCAGUAUCAUCCCCAAUUGAUGCUUCGCACGUCGAAAGGGGCAUCCCUAAUACCCAAUAAGAGAAUAUUGGGAGAAUCGAAGCCUCAGCUCGAGCAAAAAUUAGGUCUUUCUUCAUCAGAAGCCGACAUCUCGACUGGGGCCAAAGCAAAGGUGCCAUCUUUAUACAGGGAGCCAGCUGAUCUGAUCAUACCCAUCUCGAGCAACGACAGCCAAACUGGAUUCUGGUUCCGAAUACAGAACGAGUCCGAUGUGCACUUCAAGAGAAUUCAGAUUCCGAAGAACGCUUAUCGAGCAGUCCUUGAGAUCUACGUUUCUUAUCAUUCCAAUGACGAGUUCUGGUACUCCAAUCCGCCCAAUUCCUACAUUCAGCAGAACAAUCUCACCACCGAAAGGGGCAAUGGUUCAUUCCGCGAAGUCUAUGCUAAGAUUGAUGGACGUUUCGUGGGCUCGAUUGUGCCUUUUCCUGUUAUAUUCACCGGAGGGAUCAAUCCUUUGUUCUGGGAGCCAGUGGUCGCUCUCGGGGCAUUCGAUCUGCCAUCAUACAAUUUGGACUUGACUCCAUUCCUUGGCCUUCUCUUGGAUGGGAGACCUCAUGAUCUUGGCAUUGGUGUCACUGAUGGCAUAGCAUUUUGGCUCGUUGAUGCAAACUUACACCUCUGGUUGGAUUCACAGUCAUCUUAUGUCACCGCGAGGCUCCUCCACUACCAGGCUCCCAAGAUUUCGAUCUCUCGUCGUUCGAUUUCGCACCGUCUUAAUGGAACUUUCACGAUCGGAGCUGGGAGGAAAUCUUACUUCUCAGGGUGGGUGAAUUCAUCUAUAGGAAAUCUCACCACCGACGUUAAUUUCAAGCUCAAGUUCAAGAGUUUAGUGGGAUUCACAGAUAAUGGAAACCGUAAAGAAGUUCAGAUGAAGGCAAAGUUGAAGACAGGAGUUCAAAUUAAAGAGGGCCCAAAGGCCAUACUUGCUCAGGGAAGUUACAAGUUUAAAUAUCCUCUUCUGAUCGUGUCUUCGACUCUGCCUGCGGAAAAUAAUACCUAUAGAAUGACGACUAACCUCUCUCACAUUUUGUCUGAACAAACCUUGGUCAUGUUUGAUAGAGGGAGGACGUACAACUCCAUAACCGAUCAACAAAAAGCUGAUGGUUGGAUGCUUGUACAGGAUCACUCUGUUCUUGCUGGUUCAGCAGCAACCCUACAAACUUACCAGUAUCGCGACCAUACUGGAUUCUCCUACUCAAGAAGGGUUACUGCUGAGGAUGGUUUGCUUUUAAGCGAUAACACAACUGUCUUCUGAAUUAUCCUUUCAGUAGUGUCUUCCUACUUUUUGUUAUCUUGGUUGUGCUCGCGCAGUGUUCCUAUUUGGUUUAUACAAAGCAUCGCCUAGAGAGAAAAUAAUCGAUGCAAUAAUUGGUACACGUUUUCCUUAAGAUACUGUUCUUACUGUAACAUAUUAUUCUGCUUUUAGUAGUAUGUGAUAUUGUUCUGUGUCAA